GCCCAACUUUCAGCACAUAUCUGCUCAGUUUUGUUUCUUUCGCACGACUAAGAGAUUGUGAUCCUUUUUUUCUCUUGUUGUUUCCGCUCCUCGACCUUUUUUCUUAGAAAAAAAUAUCCUUGGUUAAGCGAGAAAUCGACUUGCGACAGAACUUUCAUCAUACCCCGCCUACGAUAAAAACUUCGCUCCACUUUACAUUUUUCCCACCAAGAGGCCGACCUUUCGACUCUACACGAUAUUCCACAUAGUACCAUCAUCAUGUCGACGACCACUCAGCAGGCUGGCGUAUCUGCUGCCAACCUUCCUUACACCUGCAAUACUUGCCUGGUCGCCUUCCACCGCAGCGAUGCGCAGAGAGACCACAUGCGAAAGGACUGGCACUUGUAUAACAUGAAGCGCCGUAUCGCCUCUCUUCCGCCAGUAUCCCUUGAGGUUUUCAACGAGAAGGUUAUUGCCGCCAAAGCGAACUCGACCGAGGCCGCGGCUAAGGCUUCUUUCGAAAAGACCUGCCACCCUUGCCAGAAGACUUUCUACAGCGAGAACUCCUAUCAAAACCACAUCAAGAGCUCCAAACACAAGCAGCGCGAAACCCGACUGAGGAAGGAGGGUGAUGAUGCGUCAGUUCUAAGCUCCGCGUUCUCCUUGGGAGAGCCGGUCAGUAAAUCAAAUGAGAAUGAGAUCGCCAAGGUCACCGAUGGUCUGAAGUCUGCAACCAUCCAGGAAGAGGAUGAGGAUGUUGAGAUGCAAAACGAUAAGACCGAGUUCUCUGUCUCCCGUUGUCUGUUCUGUCUGGCCGACUCCGCCGAUGCCCAGGCCAAUGUUGAGCACAUGUACAAGACCCAUGGCAUGUUCGUUCCUGAACAAACCUAUCUGGUCGAUCUCGAUGGUCUUCUCAACUAUCUCUACCGCAAGAUUACCGAAAACCACGAAUGUCUUUACUGCCAUGCCAUCCGCAACAACGCCGAGGGAGCUCGCACUCACAUGCGUGAUAAGGGCCACUGCAUGAUCGCUUUCGAAGCUGAGGAGGAGCAGAUUGAGAUUGGACAAUACUACGACUUCCGUAGCACUUACUCUGAUGGAGAAGAUGAUGAGGAAGAUGAGGAUAUGGCUGAUGCGGGUGGCGUCAAGGUGAAGGGCUCCGACGGAGACGAUGAUGGAUGGGAGACCGAUGCCUCCUCGGUGGAUGACGAUGAUGAGAUCGGCUCACGCCGUAAGGCACCCGUCAUCUAUCAGGAUGAGUAUGAACUCCAUCUCCCAUCUGGCAGAAGCAUUGGUCACCGUUCGCUUGCCAAGUACUACCGUCAAAACCUGCACAGCUACCCUACCGCUGAUGAGCGAGCUGAGCGCCAGCUGGCUAUUGCGAACGGAGAGAUCGAGGAAGAAGAGAGGCCCCGCGGCCGCAAUCAGAACCGCGCUCUCAUUACUCGUGCCAAUGGUGGUACUGGUAUGAUUGGUGCCACCGACCACCAGAAGCAGACCGUUCUUACUGCAGAGCGCCGCGAGCGGACCCGUGCGCUUCGGUCCGAGAACCGGUACCAUGCUCGCCUCGAGAGAGCCAACAACUCCCAGAAGCACUUCCGUGAUCCUCUUCUGCAGUGAUCGUCGCAACACCUGCAGUCUUCUUUAACGGUCACCGCAGUCCCUCACACGAUCGCUCUUGGAGCUCACUUCUUGGUCCGCCUGAGCAACACCUUGGCUCACUGGCUUGGACGCCCUUGCUAUCGUUCCUGCGGCGCAUGACCAUCUUACCCAAUGGGUCGGUCAGCUGCCUCCACCUUGAUUAUAACACCGGAUUCUCAUUGAAUCCGAAUGAAAUAUCAUUGAGGAGGCCUCGUCCACCAUGUCGGGAUACUCCUUUCGCAUCCUGCUUGGAGAUAUUCACAACCGCCAUGAUUUCUUAACGAGGCUUCAUGACCCACCCAUUCUCUAGACCGCCUAUCUUAUGGCGGACGUUUUAUGCAAUCUACGUUGAUGAUCGGACUUUCUGCAUACUCGUGGCGCAUUUGUAAAUUUCGAGUUGGUGAUGGGUUUGCCUGGAAAAGCAUGUAUCUACUCUGAUAUUCCAAUCCAUUUUCAAAUCUUAUUUCAUCUUCGA